AUGGACAUCAAGGGUGAAAAAUAUCUUUCUAGCCACGAGUUUUGCCAAGCGAUCCAGCCAGAACAUGGUCUAUUUCCACUUUCUACAGAUCACGCCAUGUUGCUUUUCAAUGUUGCUGAUCCGACCUGCCGCGGAGCUGUGUCUGAGCAAGAGUAUUUGGAUUUCUAUGCAUUGCUCUCGUCUCCACAUGGCGAAUUUGAAAUCCUUUCGCGGUUGAUUAAGCCUGGCAAGUCGCACCAAGUUACAUUAAAUGGAAUCAAGACGUUUUUAACUAAACAUCGCAACCCUCUUGCUACUCCGCUCGAGUAUGGAUCGGAAACACUGCAGCACUAUUGUGCUGGCAUCCCCGCUGAUCGCAAUCUGACUCUUUCUGAAGUCGGCGAGAUUGUCAAGGCAUUGCAGCAUGAUCUCUUGCGUUUAGAAUACAAGCGUCGUGAUCCAAAAAACACUGGAAAGAUAUCUGGCGAAAGUUUUUGUCAGCUCAUCAACGUAACGCUCAAACACCGCAUGAGUGCUCGUUUGUUGGAAAACUUUCCUACUUCAUUUACUCAUGCCACAUUUGCCGAAGUGGUUGCCUUGAAUUCAGUCUUGUCUAAACUGGACAUUAUUCGCAAAAUUGUAGACACGACUGUUGCUGCAAGUCCAGAUAAUUCAAUUACUCAGAAAUCGUUUUCGCAAACUGCUUCCAAAAUGCUUACCUACGACUCCAUCUCGCCUCUUGAAGUGGAUAUUAUUUUCCGAUCUCUUGGCGCAUCAGCCAACUCUCAUCUAGCUCCUAGCUUAUUUGACCCACUGUUCAAUCCCUCAUACCGCACCAUUGUUCCAAAUGCAGAACCAAUCCGCUUAUCUGUUCCAAUGGAGAUUGCUAAAAGCACCUAUAAUUUCAGUUUAGGAGCUAUUGCUGGAGCUAUUGGUGCAACGUUUGUUUACCCAAUCGACUUGGUAAAAACCCGCAUGCAGAACCAACGAUCCAAAGUAGUUGGACAACUCUUGUAUCGUAACGGAUGGGACUGUUUCAAAAAGGUUGUUCGCAAUGAAGGUGUGGGUGGAUUGUACUCUGGUCUACUUCCACAACUCGUGGGUGUUGCACCUGAAAAAGCCAUCAAAUUAACCAUGAAUGAUUUAAUCAGAGCAAAACUACGCGAUAGAAAAACAGGCGAUCUGCCACUAUGGGCUGAAAUUGUUGCUGGUUGCUCGGCAGGUGGCAGUCAAGUUUUAUUCACCAAUCCACUUGAGAUUGUCAAGAUCCGUUUACAAGUUCAGGGCGAAGUUGCCAAAGCGGGUAUUGAGGGAGCUGCUCCACGUCAAUCUGCCAUCAGCAUCGUUCGCCAACUUGGACUUUUUGGAUUAUACAAGGGUGUGGGUGCAUGUUUACUACGCGAUAUCCCAUUCUCGGGCAUAUACUUUCCUGUGUAUGCACAUUUGAAAAAGGACAUAUUCCAUGAGGGACGCAACGGUAAAAAACUCUCUGUUGUGGAGUUACUUGUUGCUGGUGCACUUGCCGGCAUGCCUGCCGCUUAUCUCGUAACUCCAGCCGAUGUCAUCAAAACUCGUCUACAAGUUGCUGCACGUAAAGGUGAAUCAACGUAUACUGGCAUCAUGGAUGCCACACGCAAGAUUUUUGCCGAAGAAGGUGCGUCUGCAUUUUUCAAAGGUGGACUUGCUCGAGUCAUGCGUUCAUCUCCACAAUUUGGAGUAACUCUUGCUGCUUACGAGUUUUUGCACAAAGUUGUUCCAAUUGAUUUUGGAGAUACUCCCAAAGACAUGAAUACUGUUGUGGCUUCUGCUGCCGUUUCUCCCAGCGAAGUUGGCAUGCGUAACACUUUAAGAGUGUUUGGGGAUUUAUCAUUGGCGAAAUAA